AUGCCUCCCAAGUUGAACCACACGUCUAACCAUCACGCGUCUGAUCCGGACAAUGAAGUCGUCUGUCCGAUCAAGUCUGCUGAUGGCAGCAACUGUCGCAAGAAAUGCUUGGGCGAGAAGCGCUUCCGCUCCAUGCAGGAGCACAUCCGACGAGCGCAUCCGGAAUACUACAUUCCCAAGCUGCCGGCAACCAAGGAGAGCUUCGACUUGAUGGUCAACUCACCACCGUCUGAGCGGCCUCCUCGAGUAGAGCUAUGGUCGCCGACGUCUGCCCCUCGCCAACCGCGAUCACAGCCUGCAGACCACCACCGUAACAACGACCAGUACGCAGUUGGAGGACCCUCUGCAGGCGGGCUGGGCCCCGUUCAGAUAGCUCCCGACGGCUACGGCUUGCCAGCAGAGUACCGAAGGGGCUCCCUCAUCCCGGCUGCGAACGCGGCUGCUGCACUGGCACAGCUUCACUAUGCUCGACCAGACGGAGAGUGGGACAAUGAUCAAAACUAUUUCAACGACCAUGUGUCCGACGCAAAGAGAGCUCACAUGGUAGAUCCCACGCUCUCAGCCGGCCAGCAAUUCCUCGAUAGCCAAUACCAAGAAGAUCAGGGAACCCCGACGGGCCUGUCGCUGCUCAAGUCGCCCUCGAGUCGUCAGAACACCCUUCCCCCCAUGCAGCGUUCCAUUUCCCAUAGCUCUCAUAAGAACUCGCUGACACAGAGUGCCCGCAAAGCAAAGCACGAAAGAGACAAGAUCAAGAACGAGAACCGUAAGGCCCUCAGUGCCGAACCUAACAUGUACGGCAAGAGAUGGGAAGAUUUAAUAGAUGCCGCGACGUCGGCUACAGAAGAGGAUCGGGACCUCACACCUCUACCCGUCUCACCCUACAAGUCACCACAAGUCGGUGCACGCACACCACUCGCUCCCUUCGCCCUUGGCUCUCAAUUCCAAUCAUAUACUGCGUCACCCUUACAACAAACCCUCACACCUCCUCCUGCCGAUGCCGAUGGCCCUCCUCUGGACAUGGGGCCGUUCCCCUCAGUCGAAGACAACCCCGUCUCAUCCUCUAUCGACUCGAAUCAAUCAGGCAACAACUUCCACAUCAUGCCAUCACAAAACAUGUCUUCAGACUCAUCACCCAUGUUUUCGAACCCCGUACAAAUAUACUGCGCAGGCUGUAGGAGGCUUAGUAUUCUCAAGGAGUGUUUCGCAUGCACAGAGUGCAUCUGCGGCCUCUGCUCAGGUUGUGUCGAUGCACUGAUGGCAGAACAGUCCCGCGGACGCAUAGCACAAUGUCCACGGUGUCGCACAAUGAGUGGACGAUUCAAACAGUUCCAGCUCGACAUACGCUAG